AUGCCUCAGCCAGUUGGGUGCUACAGCCAGUUGGGUGCUACAGCCAGUUCGGUGCUACUGCCAGUUCGGUGCUACAGCCCUUUGCGUGCUACAACCAGUUGGUUGCUACAUCCAGUUGGGUGCUACGGCCAGUUGGGUGCUACGGCCAGUUGGGUGCUACAGCCAGUUGGGUGCUACAGCCUGUUGGGUGCUACAGCCAGUUGGGUGCUACAGCCCGUUGGGUGCUACAGCCCGUUGGGUGCUACAGCCCGUUGGGUGCUACAGCCCGGUGGGGCUACAGCCAGUUGUGCGCUACAGCCAGUUGGGCGCUACAGCCAGUUGGGCGCUACAGCAACUUGGGCGCUACAGCCAGUUGGGCGCUACAGCCAGUUGGGCGCUACAGCCAGUUGGGCGCUACAGCCAGUUGGGCGCUACAGCCAGUUGGGUGCUACUGCCAGUUGGGUGCUACUGCCAUACAGCUUGUUUAUGAUAAAUGUUACUAAUUGGAUGCGAUUGGUGCGU